CUUCCCUCCUAAAAGUCUAAAACCCUCCCGCUUCUUCCCCAAUCAGCUCUCAACAGUUCAUCAACGAUCACAUUGCGCCGGCUGCUGGCUGCUGACUGCUGACCUUGCAAUUUCUUUCAAAUGUUAAACGUACGACUUCCUUAGGUUGAAUUCCUAAGAACCUCACACUCUUGGAUAAGAAGAUGUUCAAAUGCUAGGCUUUUGCGCGCGCUUAGAUCAGGAAAUGUUUAUCGUAGUUGAGGUGUAUGCGUGUAGCCAAAUGGCUCGGGAAGACCUUCCUAGACACCCCUUCCAGCAUCAGCAAUUCCCUUCCAAAGAGGGAAGUUCAGAAAUUGAUAAGUUGAUGGACCAGCGUUAAAUACAGUUUUUAGCCUGUACACAUUCAAAUCACACGUGGAAUGUCCAACGCCUAUUCUAUUUUUGGUAAAAAAUUCAAAUUUGAUGCUAACUGGAGUACACACUAGUUCUUUACUUCUCUUCUAGUCUGAAGUACGGAGUACGCGAUUGAUCGUAAACCAGAAGUUACCGGAAAGGUGAAUUUGAUCGCGUGACAUACUGCUCGCGUCAUUUUUGAUAUGAACUUGGUCUUAUCUACUGAUGCCAAGCCUAGGCUGAAAUGGACGCCGGAACUUCAUCAACGAUUUGUCGAAGCAGUUCAUCAGCUUGGAGGUGCAGACACAGAGGCAACACCGAAAGGUCUGAUGAGAGUGAUGGGAAUACCAGGACUUACUUUGUAUCAUCUCAAGAGUCAUUUACAGAAAUUCAGGCUUGGAAAAAAUUAUCAGCAUAGUCAGAAAUCAGAAACCUGCAGUGAAUCGAAACCAGAUGAUACAGAUUGCGAAGAAAGCCAUGGCAUUGACACACUUAAUCUAUUCGUUGAGGAAAAGGAAAUAAAUGAUCCGACUCAAGAACAGAUUAAUGAAAAUGUGCAGAUAUCUAAGACAAUAAAAAUACAGAUGGAAGUACAGAGGAAACUCCAUGAACAGAUUGAGGUACAAAGACACUUGCAGCUGCGCAUUGAAGCUCAAGGGAAAUAUUUACAGACAGUUUUAAAGAAAGCGCAGGAAACACUGUCAAGCUACAACUGUUCAGCAGAUGGAGUCGAACAUGCAAAAGCUGAACUCUCUCAAUUAGUCUCAAUGGUUAGCAGUUCAUCAUUUUCCGGGCUAACAGAGGUGACAGAUUUAUCACUAGAACAGAAGCAGACAAUGAGGCAUACUGGAUAUUCUGUUGAAAGCUCCUUAACAUCUUCAGAGAGCUCGGGAAGAAGAGAAGAGGAGAAAGAAACAAAGCGUGAAAACGAAGAGAUUACCACAGAUGACAAGGGUAGCCAAGAAAACUGUGUAUUCAUCCUCCCAUUACUCGAACUCGAUCAAUCGAGAACGAAAGUGGGGCCGGGUUCGAGGAAGAGGAUGAGCAAUUGUGUUGAACAAACAGGCAGCAAGAAAUCAUCAUGUAAUGGUAAUGGUAAUGGGUUGAGAAAGUUUGGAGUUUUGGAAACAUUUGAUCUGAAUAGCAGCAGCCAAUGUGAGAAUAAUGAGUUAGAUUUUGGUUUAAGGCAACCAAUAGACUUGAACUCAAAGGAAUAGAUCAAAUAUUCUGUGCAUCUUUUUAAUUAGGUGCUUUUGAGUGGACCAUUAAACUAGAUUGCCCCCUAAUUAAGUAUAAUAUUAAUUAUAAUAAAUAGUCAUUUUUAUGUGCCAAAAUAGUGGGUUAAUAGGAGAUAAUGUUUGAUUACAAAAAUAUAAUCUGAUAUUUGUUUGUAUAUUUUUGGACUUUCUGGCCAACCUUUUUAGAGUAUAUACUGGAAAAACAAGUUUAUCUGUAAUAAUGUAAUAGAGGAGUAUGUGUACAUAAAGUAGCUCACUUUCCUUAUCUUUGUUGUUCUGGCAAAUUUAUGAAUUGCGCAUGAUUUAUGA